AUGGGAGAGGGAGGGAGAGAGAGCAGAGUAGAAGGAGUGCAGAAGGAGACACCGGCUGUUCAGCUCACAGGAGCGAAUCUGGGAGUAGGAGCGAGGCUGGCCUGAAGGUUGCUCAUUGCAUUUGCUCAGACACACACACACAUACACAGAUACAAACGCCUGCACACACACACACACACACACACAUACAAACGCUUGCACACACACACACACACACAUACAUACAUACACACACACGCACACACACAUACACACAAGCGCCUGCACACACACACACAUAUAUAAACAAGCACACACACACACAUAUACACACACACACACACGCGCGCACACACACACACACAGGGACAGAGCCUGCAGACUACAGCCGGCUGCAGUAAUGGACUCUCUCAGCGAUGCACUGAAGGCCAUCACCGUGAGCACGGAGCUCAUCGAGGAGGAACUGAGUCCCCACCUGGAUACACUGCUGACUGCCCUGCUGGAAAAGAAGGAAGGUACCGCAGAGCAGAUAGUGGCCAGCGGGAUCCUGCCCACCUUCGCCAGCACCCUGAGGAAGAACGGCCCCCUCACUGCCACGGUGGCCCUGCUGGUCGCUGAGGUGGCCAGGGAAGGUUCAGUGAGGGACCGUUGCGUCGAGGCCGGUCUGGUGAGCGCUCUGCUGCCCAUGCUGAACAGCUCCGACCAGGAACUCCUGCUCCACACCGGCCGUGCCAUCGGACGCAUCUGCUUCGAGAACAGCACUCAGCAGGACCUGCUGGUUGAGAGAGGGGUCAUCCCCCGCUUGGUGACCAUCAUGGAGCAGUACCCCAAAAAUGACCCCCUGGUCAACGUGUGUCUGCUGGCUCUCUGUAACCUGGCUGACAUGGACUCGGCGCGGGAGGCCCUAGCGGAAGUGGGCGUGGCCGAAGCCCUCACCACGCAGCUGCGGAGAGCCCCCGAUGCAGAGCGCCGGCACGUCAUCCUGGAGGUGCUGGGGUCACUGGGAGAGAGCGACGUGCUGAAGCUGCAGUUCGUGGAGUCGGGGGUCCCUCAGGCUCUGUCCGAGAUGAUUCGAGGACUCGAGGGAGGCUCUGACCCCCACGACCUCUGCAGCAUCAAGAUCGCCUCCAAUCUGAUCGUGUCUCUGCUGCUGGGCGACGAGUCCAUGCAGAAGUGUUUUGGGGAGGGGACGGGGACGGUGUACCAGGACGUGCUGGCCUGGCUGCAGUCGCCCAACACGCAGCUGCAGCUCUCUGGAGCGCUGGCCAUCGCCAACUUCGCCCGCAACGACAGUAACUGUGUGCGGAUGCUGGAGCUGGGCGUGGUCUCGCACAUCCUGGACCUGCUGGAGCAGCACGUGAUCAACGGGGACGUGUCCGUCCAGCACGCCGGACUGAGCGCGCUCAGAAACCUGGCCAUCCCAGCUUCGAACAAAGUGCGGAUGCUGGAGGGCGGGGUGGUGCCACGCAUUAGGAACCUCCUGCAGUCGGACAUGCCCCCGGUGCAGUUCAAACUGCUGGGUACCCUGCGUAUGAUGGUGGACGGCCAGGAGGACGCAGCCACAGUGUUGGGCAGGGAUGAGGUGCUGCUGGGGAGGGUGAUAGAGUGGUGUGAGGCUCGGGACCACGCUGGAGUCAGAGGGGAGGCCAACCGCCUGCUGGCUGCUCUCAUCAGACACAGCCGCUCUCCAGAAGUGAUCAACGCCGUUACCGAAGCAGAUGGAGUAAGGCCACUCAUCACCAUGGCAACAAGCGAGCAUGUCAUCAUGCAGAAUGAAGCACUGGUUGCCCUGGCGAUUGCCUCUGCGAUUGACAUUGAGUCCAUCCAGGAGCCCUUUCGGGAGGCAGGACUGCUGCCCAUGCUGCAGAAGAUGCUGGACGACCCGGUCGGGGCUGUGGAGGUCAAAUUCAGCGCCAUGGGCCUCAUCUGCAGCCUGGCCAACUCCAGCCUGCUGAAGGAGCAGAUGGACACUCUGAACCUGAAGGAGAGCCUGUCCAAGCUGUGCGCCCACAAUAACUCCAAACUGGCCACACAGGCGGACACGGUGCUGGCCGUCCUCUCUGGCUCCAGCUAGACCCAACGGUGCCCAGCCGACCCCACCCCGAUUUGCCUGACCCGUCCUGACUGGAACCGACCAGACCGAACCGGACACGACCAGACUCGACCGUACCUAACUACUGCUAACCAAAACAAUGAGAGAGAGAGGUAGGCAGUUGGGAAGAGACUGAAGGAGAGGGAGAGAAGAAGUGACAGAAAGAGAGGAAGUGAGAGAAAGAGAAAGAGAGAAGGAGAGGAUGUGAGAGUGAGAGUGAGAGUGAGAGUGAGAGUGAGAGUGAGUGUGAGAGAGAGAGAGAGAGAGAGAGAGAGAGAGAGAUAAUUGUCUGAUUCCCCUGGAUGGGACAGAGAGGAAAGCCAAAUGAAACCUGAAUGGGACAGGCUCAAACCCCCGUUAACUAGGCACUGACACGCCCUGCGCUGGGAGGUGAGCACCAGCUGGAUUAACAGCCUUAGUCCAGGGUCCACCGCUGUAGGUAGUAGGCAGCUAAAGCACAUUCACAUAGAGUACACAGGGUCAAGUACUGAUGUCAUAGUAACCCACUCUACUUAGGCAGUGUCAGUGUAUCAGUGUAUUUGUCGAGCUUUUCUGUCUGUGAAAAAGGCACCGUCAGAUACAUUUCAUUUGUGUUUGAGUGUAUCGAACCAGUAUACACAACAGCCCCCCUUAGCCCCCCUGCUAGCUCUUACUGUAGAGGAUAAAUAGUCAAAAAUCCAAUGAAUGCGCACUCACAGUACACGAGGGUCACAGAGAUUAAAGAAAGCAACGCUCCCAUGCUCUAUAUUUCAAAUGAUUUCUCCCAGUCCCCUCUCCUCAGAUUAUGAAGGAAGCCAUCCACUCAAAAUACAUUCGAAGAGGACAACCUUGAAGUAAAUAUUGAAAAAAUAUUGAAAAUAAGAUUAUUUAAGUAUCAUAAUGAUGGCUUGUUUAAUCUUUCAUUCUGUCAUCUUUAAAGUAGACUAAGUCAAUGGCAUAAAUGAGGUAAAUCACAGGACAGCCACCAUCUGGCCUGGUGCAUACAGAGCAUGGGCAUCUGGUCCUGCAUGACAGCUGUGAAUAUGCCUCUUCACUGGUGGGGUGUGUGUCCUCACUCCUGCAGGAGAGCUGUGAACACACCUCUUCACUGGUGGGGUGUGUGCUCACUCCUGCAGGAGAGCUAUGAACACACCUCUUCACUGGUUUGGUGUGUGUCCUGCAGGAGAGCUGUGAACACACCUCCUCACUGGUUCGGUGUGUGCUCACUUCUGCAGGUGAGCUAUAAACACACCUCUUCACUGGUGGGGUGUGUGUGCUCACUCCUGCAGGAGAGCUGUGAACACACCUCUUCACUGGUGGGGUGUGUGUCCUGCAGGAGAGCUGUGAACACACCUCUUCACUGGUGGGGUGUGCGUGCUCACUCCUGCAGGAGAGCUGUGAACACACCUCUUCACUGGUGGGGUGUGUGUCCUGCAGGAGAGCUGUGAACACACCUCUUCACUGGUGGGGUGUGCGUGCUCACUCCUGCAGGAGAGCUGUGAAUACGCCUCUUCACUGGUGGGGUGUGUGUCCUGCAGGAGAGCCGUGAACACACCUCUUCACUGGUGGGGUGUGCGUGCUCACUCCUGCAGGAGAGCUGUGAACACACAUCCUCACUGUUUCGGUGUGUGUCCUGCAGGAGAGCUGUGAAAACGCCUCUUCACUGGUGGGUGUGUGCGUGCUCACUCCCCCAGAUUUUCCAGAGAAACAGACUUUGCCCAGUGUCUCCUGGGAGAGAUGCUUAAAGAACCAGCUUUCCAUUUUCAGAGGAGCGACACAUACGUAGCCCUAGUCAGGCUAACUGAUGGCGCGUCCACUCCCGUUAUUGAAUCCCUUUCAGAUCAGAGGCUUCAGUGGAACAGGUCGAUAUAUUUGGUGGCUCUGAAGUGGAGCAGAGGACACUGAAAGGGCGCUUUAAUGUCCCCUUGGCAAGAGCCGAAAGAGCCCGGCAACAAUUUGAGAAAUUUGAAAUACACUCGCAACUAGAACGCAAUACUGUAACCUUGUCUGCCCUUCAUAGCUUCUUUGUAAGAGUGGGGACCAAAUAAUGUAUUCAUUUGGGAGAAAAUAGACUAUUUUUGGUGUUAAUAAAACAAAAAACGAUGUGGUUUUAAAGGAGCAAUUUGUUUCUGGCAAUAAAAAGUGAUGAAACUGCA